GUCAUUUCGGGUUUGAAUUCAACCUAAGAAAGACAUUCACCUACCUGAAAUUGGAGUUUUGGAUUCAUCAUUUCCCGCUACUACCAUUUGUAAGAUAAUUGAUUUUUCGAUCUUAAAUAAGCAAUUCUACUUCGCUUUCGCUACAUAAAUAUCGCGAUUCGCCGCAAUUGGUUUAGAAAAUAAUUCAUUGGAUUUUGGAUAUAUAUUGCUGUAUUUUGGUCACAAUUCAUAUUUAAAAUAGACUUUUCCUGUAUAUUUUUUUGUUUUUUAGCUCAUUUCCCACUUCUAUUUCCCUUUUAACAAACGCUAGAAGACUCCAACGACAAGUGUUUUAUUGAUGCAUUACUAAUAUUUUCAACUUUUCUGAUAAACAACUAAAAGCAUCUUUUUCAAUUUUAGGAUUAGAAUUUUUUUGCAAUGGACCCGUCAAAAGACAGUAACCACCCUGAAGACAAUCAACCUUCAAAAGAGCAACCAUAUUUGCCAGACCAACCCUCUCUGCAAAGGGAAAUUGAAGAUAACGAAGUAAAUGAUAUGAUUACCAUUUCCAGUACUGAAAAAGAUGUUGCAGGAUCUGUUCAAAAUAAGGAAAAUCACCCUGAAACCGACGAAAAUAAUAUCGAACCCCAAUUACCUUGGAAUAACAAUUACUAUGAAAGAGCUGAUGAUGAGGAUGAAGACGACGUAUAUUCACCUCCAGAACCCGUCUCGGAACUCUCUAAUCACGAAGAGAAAAAUAUGGAUGAUCCAAAGUCUUUCACAGAUGAAAACCCAGCUGACUUGAAUAUAAAACAGAUUAGUCCGACACCUUCCAGUGCUUCGUUUCAUAAGGCAAAUCCUGAUCCAGUGGACAAAGAUACGAAAGCAUCUGUUCCAAACCAAGCCUUUCCUUCAGUCCCCACUUCUGGCGUUGAUCUUUAUACUACAGAAACACCAUCUAGUAAGAUAUAUGAGCCAACUCCAAUGAAUGCUGAUGCUACCAACACUUCUCAAGAUUCAUCUGGCCAUCCACCAGCUCCUAAUCUGGAUAGUAUAUUAAGAGGAAUCGAUGUUAAUGAAGUGCUAGCUGCUGUAAGUAACAGCGAAAUAUCAGGCUCAAACUUACAAACUUCUACAAGCUAUACUCCUAAUGUCCAGGAUAGGCCCUCAGAAAAUCCUUCCUCAUCUUCUAUAAGCAUAAGCCAUUCACCUAAUUUUAGUGAAGGUACCAACAUACGAAAAAGCCUCACUCAUUCUUCAGAGUACGAUCCUGAAGAGUUUCAAAAAUCACAGGAAGAAUUUGCUAGCAAAUUCGUAGGUCAUGCAUUUUCUGAUACACAGCCAUCUGAACCCGUUUUACGGUUUCAACCUGAAGACGAAGAAGCUUACCAGGCAUUUUUGCAAGAAGAAGGAAAAAUUAUGUCCAAUUGGUACCCUGGUCAAUUUCCUUCUUCCUCCCGACUUUUUCUCGGGCAUCUGCAAAAAGAAAACAACCUUUCUAAACGAGAAGUAUGGAAAACAUUUCAUACUUAUGGGAGACUUGCUCAAGUUGUGUUAAAGCCUACAUAUGGCUUUGUACAGUUCUUUACUGACGAAGAAUGCGCUCGGGCAUUAGAAGACAUGCAAGGAAAGUAUAUUCAAAAUCAAAAGCUUUAUUUGGAAAUUUCGAAGCUCCAGAAAAAAUAUCAAACUCAAAUUGAUUCUUCGAAGAAAGGUCCAAACAAGGGAAUAUCGAACCCGGUAUACGGCUCUACAAACCCUCCAUCGUGGAAAAAAAGGUCGAGAUCUCCAUCUUUUCAUGCCAGCAAACGACCAGAGAAAAAGCCUGCUUCACAAGGGUUACCGAAGAUUCAGGCAGAUUGUCAAAUUAUUGUUAUCGAUGAUACUCCGAUUGAGUUUGUAUAUAAAGUAGAAAAUGCUUUGCGUGAAAGCUCUUUGAAUGUGGUGUUAGCCUCUCUUACUCCAAAAUUAUCAUUGCAGGCGCUAGUUCAUCAAUGUGUUCUAGACGGAGUCUCAGCUAUUGUAUAUGUUACGUCUCGUUUGAGUCAAGUCGGUUGUAUGUCUGUUCAAACAUUUCAACGAACGGAAAAUCCUAGUGAAAUUCGCUAUGAUGAAUAUGCAAAUAUCGAUCUAUAUGCAGCCGUUGAGUUAGUUCAACGCUCUAAAGGUGCAUGGCUUGCGAUGAAUCCUUCAGGAUUUCCAACAAUUACUCCAAUGAAUCCUUACCAAAUACCAUUAAAUAAUCAAAUUUCUCAAAUUGUUAGUCGUUCCAACCCUCACCUUUCAUCUAUACUUGGAUCCCUUGAUUCUAAUACUCUUCAUCAAUUGUUGGACGUUAUUAAAACCGAGUCAUCUCCCCUUUCAGCACCCAAUUCUAAUUUACAAACAAGUUAUCCAGUUUUUGAAGCUUCAAAUAGUAACCCAACCUUUGGUAUGAAUGAGCAAGAGCUCAGUAAUCCAUCAAUGGUUGGGGCACCUUCCAACCUCUACCCUGAACAAAACCAAAAACAGUUUGAACAUAUUUUAGAGCAAUUGACAGCUUUACAAAAUCCUUGAUCAAUUGAAGGUGAUCCUAAGAUUUUCUGAUUUCUCUUUUUGAUGAUCAUCCCCAUGAUGAUUUAGUAUACUCAUAGUUUAUAAAAUGUGGUUUUUCGAAUUAGAAUAAAAAAUUUAAUAUAAAAG